AUGUCCGAAGGAGGAAAUGGAAAUGAGAGAUUCUUAUGGGAUGAUGAUUUAUGGGAUUUUCCAAUUCCAGUUAACACGGAAGGAAUUCCUGAAAAACAUUUGGAUAGGAGGAUGAUGGAUUUCAUCAAUACAAAUAGCCCGGAGGACGAGGUGGCGAAUGAUGUUCAAGUGCCAACUCCAAUGCCACCACCACCGCCAAAGCCGCCAGCCGCCGCCGGGAGGAAGAGGAAGGCUGUAGGCGGUGCUGAUAAUGGUAAGACAGUGGAAGUUGGCGGCGAAUCUGAUUAUGAAAUGCAUAUUUUGUCGGAGAGAGAGAGGAGGAAGAAGAUGAGGGACAUGUUUGACUGUCUUCAUUCUUUGCUACCUCAACUUCCUCCUAAGGCUGACAAGUCCACCAUUGUUGAUGAAGCAGCGACCUACAUUAGAUCACUUGAGGAAACACUUGAGAAACUGCAGAAAAAGAAACUUGACAGGAUCCAUGGGUUGACUUCCACCGGCUUCGACCUUCAGACAUAUACUUCUCCAAAUGUUGUCCUAAACACAUUUGGUGGAGAUGCCCAUAUCAGCAUUUGUGCUGCCAAACAACCAGGGCUGUUCACUGCCAUUUGCUAUGUUUUGGACAAGUACAGAUUGCAAGUGGUUUCAGCCCAAGUUUCGUCUAAUCAAUCCAGAAGCAUGUACAUGAUUCACACCCAUGCAACACAUUAUGUGUGCAUCGAAGAGAAGGCAAAUGGACCAUCUGAGCAUUUCCCAGUGGAAGAAAUCUACAAGGAAGCUGCAGCAGAGAUAAUGCAAUGGACAGAUAUUGUUGGUUCGUGUACGCUAAUGCAUGAGAUGAGCACGGCUAACCGACCAAUGUUUAGAGACGAUGUAAUCAACCGAGAGAGGAACAACUUGGACGGACAGAGAAUAACAAAGGAGAAAAGAUACGAGCCUAAUCACAUGGUUAUGGAAGAAGCAUUAUUGGAGCCCCGUUUAUGGGGAGAUGAAACAAACAGUAGUGAAAAGAUUUCUUCACAUCGUGCAGAAUUACAGGUUAGAAGCAGAUUUCAGAACAAUAAUACAGUAAAGGACUAA